ACACCUGACCCACACUCAGCAGCAACUGUACAGGGAUGUGAUGUUGGAGAACUACGGACACCUCUGCUUCUUGGGUCUCAAUGUGUCAAAGCCAGACCUGAUCACUUUUUUGGAGCAAGAGAAGCAGCUCUGGGAUAUGAAGAGAAAGGAAACCAAAGGCUUCCAUCCAGGAGACAGUCCUCACAAGGAUAAUGAAUGUGGGAAAGCUCAUAACCAGUCCUCCAGUGUUGCUGAUCAUCAGAGAAUUCAUGAGGGAAAAAGCCCUUUCACAUCUAAUAAACCAGGGACCAUGUUUAGUCAGUCAUCAAGACCAAAUAGAAACAAGAUAAUUCCUAGGGGCAAGAAAACUUGUAUUUCUAAGGAAUGUUGUAAAUCCUUUCACUGGCACUCGACAUUAUCUCAGUUCCUGCAAAUAUGCAAAAUAUCUAAAUGCAAGGAAUGUGGUAAAACUUUUAAGGACCCUUCAUCAGUAAAGGGACAUAAGCCAAUCCAUACUGGAGUGAAACAGUACAAAUGGGCAAAGAGUGUGAAAGCGUCUACAUUGCCCUCCACCCUUCCUGGAAGUCACCAAACUCAUACUGGAGAGAAACGUUACCAAUGUGAAGUAUGCGGCAAGACCUUUAAGUGGCGCUGCGACCUUACUCAGCAUCACCGAGCUCAUACUGGAGAGAAACCUUACCAAUGUGACGUAUGUGGCAAGGCCUUUAAGUGGCGUUCAGACGUUACUCGACAUCACCGAGUUCAUACUGGAGAGAAAACUUACCAAUGUCAAGAAUGUGGCAAGGCCUUUCACCGGAGCUCCGGGCUUAGCCAACAUCACAUAAUUCAUACUGGAGAGAAACCUUACCAAUGUCAAGAAUGUGGCAAGGCCUUUCACCGGAGCUCAUUGCUUACUGUGCAUCACAGAAUUCAUACUGGAGAGAAACCUUACAAAUGUAAGGAAUGUGGUAAGGCCUUUAGCCAAACUUCAGCCCUUACUCAACAUCACCGAAUUCAUACUGCCGAGAAGCCUUACCAAUGUCAAGAAUGCGGGAAGGCCUUUACCCGGCCUUCACACCUUACUCAACAUCACCAAAUUCAUACUGGAGAGAGUCCUUACCAAUGCCAAGAAUGUGGCAAAGCCUUUAACAAGCGCUCACACCUUGAUCAGCAUCACAGAAUUCAUACUGGAGAGAAACCUUAUAAAUGUAAGGAAUGUGGCAAGGCCUUUUCAUUGCAAUCAAACCUUCUUAAGCAUCACAGAACUCAUACUGGAGAGAAACAUUACAAAUGCGAAGAAUGUGGCAAGGCCUUUUACCAGCGCUCACACUUGAGUAACCAUCAUAGAAGUCAUACUGGCAAGAAACUUUAAAAAUGUAAAGACUAGGACUAAGGAUUGUAAAACCCUUACAUCACAGACCUUGCAUCCGAUAUAACUAGAGAAUAACUAUACACAUGUAAAGAAGUCCACCCUCUCUCUCCCUGAAACUCACAACAUCGUAGUUAUCAUAUGGGAGCAACAUGGUAAAAUGUGAUGAAUGUGGUGAGACCUUUAACUGGAAUUCAGUCUAUACUCAAUGUCCCAAAAUGGACUCUAGAUUUAAAUCCUAGAAACAUGAUGAUUGUGGAAAGACCGUCAUUUUAAUUUACAUGUUCGCAAACACAGAAAGUGCUAAAGAAGGUAAAUUGAUUCAUACAAAUAAUUAGAAAACUCUCUGAACAUCUAAUGACAAUAAAUGUCACAGAUAUCAAGUAAAAGGAGUGUAUCAGUCCCUCUAUUCAGACAGUACUUGUUAGUCCAAGGAAAAAGAUCAAGUUAAACACUUGGAAAAUGCAUAUGCUGUUACAUUGGAAAGAUUCAGUGGGGGAGUUUUUACAAGGGUACAAUUAGUUUCGAUGUGCAUUUUGUUAUAUUGUGCCUUUUUUGAGGUUUGUGACCAACAAAUAUUAAUGUAUU